AUGCCAAUGCCAACGGCUAACUCUCUUGUCGAAGUUGUGCCAUCGAGCAUUUCUGAGCCACCACAAUGGAAGAAAGGCUCAAAGGAUAAGGCCAUACAAAAAUACACCCCUAAUAAUUUUGUCACCUUUGUUUAUCAAACAAAAUUAGGAGAUUCAUUUCACAGUGUAACAUUGACAUGGUGCAAGGACCUCAUAGAACAUUCCCUUUCCAUGAGCGUUGAAAAACCUUCUGACGAAAACAAAUUUACCUGCAAGAUUGAUUUACAAUCUGGACAAUCUUGGGGGAAAAAGGGUCUCAAAUCCUUUGAAAUAGAAGGGGCAAGAGUAGAUAUUUUUUGGGAUUUUCGACAUGCGAAAUUCUCCAUAGAUCCACACCCUUGCUCAGGCUAUUAUGUUGCCUUGGUUUACAAGAAAGAGGUACUUUUGUUAAUUGGAGACUUAGUGGAUGAUGCUUAUAUAAGAACCAAAUCACAACCAUCGUCAGAAGGAGCUACCUUGUUGUGCAAGAAAGAGAAUGUGCACGGAAAGAAACUAUUUUGUACAAGGGCUAUGUUGGAAGAGGGUAAACCAGAACACGACGUCGUUAUCGAGACUUCCCUUUCUGGACCGGAUGAUCCCGAAAUGUGGAUUAGCAUAGAUGGGAUGUUGGCUACUAGAAUAAUGAACUUGAAUUGGAAAUUCAGAGGAAAUGAAAUAGUAAUGGUGAAUAAUUUACCUGUGCAAAUCUUUUGGGAUGUGCAUGAUUGGUUGUUCAAUGAUCUUGGUACAGGACCUGCCUUGUUUAUUUUCAAGCCAGGAUAUUUGGAACAUUCAAGGAAUUCUAAUAGCAGAGAAUGCAUAGAAAUAAAUGAAGAUAGUAACAAAUCUGAUUCAGUAGAGGAUAAUUCAUCUACCAACGGUUUCUUUCAUUUUCUAUAUGCUUGGAGAAUUGAUUGA